AUGAACCACGGACAAAAAGUGAGAGUUUUGUACAAAACUAUUCUCCGUUUACACCGUGGAUUACCGGAGGCACUACAGGAGCUUGGCAAUACCUACGUAAAAGACGAGUUCAAACGGCAUAAAAAUUGUUCUCCAAACGAAAGCCAACAAUUUAUGAGCGAAUGGGCAGGAUAUGCUAUCAAUCUGGCACAACAAUUGGGCUUGCGGGGAAAACCAGGACCGGUUGGAAUGCUAGGAGAAGAUUUAACAGAAGGUCAACUAAACCACUUCCGCGAUGAACAGAUAGCACAGUUGUACGAACUUUUGCAAGAAGCCAAGCGAUGA